AUGGGAAACAAUAUUUGUGGAAUUGAAGAGGAUAAAAAACAAAGCCUACAACCAGAAUCAAAAGUUAUAACUACAAGAACCAUUAAUUAAACAACCAUUUAAAUUGUAUAAGCAGAUAUCGUAGAAGAAUUAGUGGAUGUAGUAGUGAAUUCUUCUCAUGAACCAGGUUGGUCUUAUAUAUCGAAAAGAGAUAAAAAUAAUAAAACCAAUGAGCUCCUCUAAGAAAUGAAAAUUGGAGAGUUGAUAGUAACAAAUACAGAGAAUGUGAAUUCUGUUCAAAUUUUUCAUGUCAGGUUGCCAUUUUACUAAGAUUCCAAGGAUUUAUUACCUAUAUUCAAUGUCUACAAAGAAUGUCUACAAUAGAAAGGACAUAAGACUAUUUCGUUUACUGAAUAGAACACUCCGAAUUUUUUAAUACCAAAAUAAUUUCAUGCAGAAGUUUUGAUAAGGGCUAUUCUUUCAGCAAUUUAGGAAGGUGAUAUAGAGUUUGAAUUAAUAAAAUUUGUGAGUUUAGAUUAACUGACUCUAAAAUACUUUGCCUAUGAGUUGAUGAAAUAAUUAGACGAAUUAAAGAUUCCUGAAUUAUUUAAACUGCGAUAUCAAUAAUUUAUGAACUUUUUAUAGAAUGGAGAAGAUGCAUAAUAAGAUGUCUAUCCUUUAAGUACUGGGAUUACUACAGAAAUAGAAGAUUUAGUGGAAUAGUAAUGACUUUUAAUUAAUAAUAUUUAUUAUACAUUUCUAUAAAUUAUCAAUACUAAAU